AUGCCGGAGUAUUUGCCGCCGCCGCGGAAUGGGCAGCUCAGCAGCGAAGUUCUCCGCUUUCACCUGAAUGGCGAGCUGGUGGAAGUUAUCGGGGCCGAUCCACGCCAAUUGCUGAUCGAAUUCCUGCGGGAUUCGAAGGGCUUGACUGGCACGAAAAGGAGCUGCCUCCAGGGAGGUUGCGGCGCUUGCGUGGUGGCUAUCCAGGAGUACGACCCCGCCACGUCGCAAUGGAGAUAUCGGUCAGUGAACAGCUGCUUGAAGCCCCUGGUGGCCUGUCACGGCACCUCCAUAACCACCGUGGAGGGCGUGGGCACGGAGAGGAAGUGCUUGCACCAAGUGCAGAAGCGAAUCGCGGAGAAUCAUGGCAUGCAGUGCGGCUUCUGCACGCCAGGGAUGGUCAUGAACACCUACGCGCUCCUGCGCGCUGGCGGCAAGCCCACGGCAGAGGAGUCGAUGCAAAACUACGAUGGCAAUAUCUGCCGCUGCACGGGCUACCGGAACCUGGUCCAGGCUUCGGAAUCCUUUGCUUCGGAUGCAUCUCCGGAAGCAGAGGCACUGGCGCAGAGAUGUGGGCACCACGACGCCAACCUCUGCGACAAGCUCAGUGGAGUGGAGCACAAGGGCAUGGACCGCGUUUUGAAGUCCGUGCAGUUCACCAAAGAUGACUUCACAUGGUAUGCGCCGAUGUCGCUUCAGGAGGUGCUUCAGAUCAAGCAGGAGAAGCCGCGCGCGAUGUACAUCGUAGGAGACACGGCAAAGGGAAUUCGACAGGCGGCAUACGAGGUGGCCAAUGGAAGAGCCACGGAUGUCAUUGCCCUGCGCAACGCCGCUUUGGCAAGCAUGGGGACAGCUACCUGUGGAGGCUUGACCAUCGGCGGCGCGCUCACUAUUCAGCACAUCACGGACGCCUUGGAGAAAUAUCAGAAAGAGCAUUCGGGACUCCAGUGGCCCACGGCCUUGGCAGAGGCAGUGAAGAACGUGGCACAGCAUCACCUGCGGUCUGAAGCAGGCUGGGCCGGGAACUUGCUCAUCACUGUCCAGCGCGGAUUUCCUUCCGACCUGUUCCCAGCUCUGCUUGCAGCUGAUGCGGAAGUCUCCUAUGUCACCAAGAGCACGGAGGAAACUCGCAUCCCGCUCUCUCAGUUCAAGCCUGGGGCUGUUCCCUUCAAUGCCCUGCUGACAAAGCUCCACAUACCCAACCUCCAGGGCUCCUUCUACAAGUACUUCCGGGUGGGUCAGCGAAAGUGGUUGUCGCACUGCUUUGCGGGCGGAGGCUUCCGUGUGGUUCUGGACAGCGCCAAGAAAGUGACGGAAGCUCGCGUGUGUUCCUACCAGGCCGAGUCCGCCCUGGUUGGUGCCACCCUGGAUACGGAGACCCUCCAAAAAGCGAUCGCUGCGUUGCACCAGGAACUCGAGUUUGCCGGGGAGGCCCAGUUUCAGACCAUCGACAACCCGGAGGGCAAGGAGAUCCUGGUAGUGCAAGACUUGGAUGCCUAUCGCCGCCAGCUACCGGACAGCUAUGUCUUCAAGUUUUUCAAAGAGGCGCAGGCCUUCUUUGGCAUCAAGCAGUGGCCGGCGGAGGAGUUGGGAAGCCUUGCGUUGAAGCCUCUGAAAGCAGGACAGCUCACCUUCCAGGAACAGCCUGGUCUGGACAACAAGCCCCAGCUUUCUGCCAUGGGGAUGACCACCGGCUCGGUGAAGUACACUGACGACCAGCCCAUGCCUGGUCUCUUUGGGUAUCCGGUUCUGAGCGAAGUGGCGACUGGCAAGUUGGAGCACCUGGACACCAUGCAAGCCUUCAAAGUGGACGGUGUCGUGGACAUCGUGACUGCGGUGGACGUCCCUGGCAAGAACGAUUGCGGCUUUGCGCCAGGAGCAAUCAUCACCCUGGACCAGGCCAUUGCAGCCGAGUCAUUUCUUGAUGGUGCCCACUUCAAGAACUCCAUCGACAAGGGCGAUCUGGAAGCCGGAUACAAAAGCAGCGAUCUGGUUUUUGAAGGCUCCACCUACGUCAUUGGCCAGCAUGCCUUCCCGAUGGAGAAGCAAACAGCGCUGGCGGUUCCUGAGGAGAAGAAGGGUAUGACAGAGUGUGCCUUGGCAGACCCCGUCAGCCCAUGUACCAUCAGGCUGGCGGGCGUGCUUGGCAUACCCGGCUCCUUCGUCGUCUGCAAGCAGACGCGCGCUGGCGGCAUGUUCAAGCCUAGUCACUUCGACAGUAGUCACUUCGACAGGUGCGAUAUCGAGUCCUGGUGCAAUGGUGGGUGCACGCACGACUUCACUGGCUUUCUGAAUCUGGAAAUGGGAGAAGCAAUCCCCUCCGUGUACGACUGGCCCAACAUGAGGGUCAACGUUCAUGCGAUGAAGACCAACACCCCCAGCAACACGGCCGUGCGCUCUUUCGGCAGCCCACAAGGAUACUUCGUCUGCGAAGCAAUCAUCGAGGACAUCGCCGGAAGGCUGGGCAAAGUGGUGGAGGAGAUCCGCGAGAUCAACAUGUGCACCAAGCAGAACGCGGUAACACCCUGGGGCCAGCCGAUGGAGUACUACAAUGACGCGACCUCAGUGGACACCCUGUGGAAGAAGCUGAAGCAGGAUGCAAAGUACGAGGAGCGGGCGAAGACGUGCGAAGAGUUCAACAAAGCGAACCGCUGGCGCAAGCGCGCGAUCAGCGCCGUACCGCUAGCCUAUGGCCACUGCUACGCCUAUGCAGCUGGGACAGGGGCCCUGGUCAACAUCCACGGCUCGGAUGGAUCUGUCACGGUUCAUCAUGGCGGCUGCGAGAUCGGACAAGGAAUCCACACAAAGGUGGCCCAGGUGGUUGCAAUUUCCCUUGGCUGUCCACUGGACCUUGUUCGCGUGGCCGACACCAACAGCGAGGUUGUUCCCAAUGCACGCUUCACAGGGGGCUCCAUUACCACGGAGGUGGUAUGUGAAGCAGCAAGACAGGCUUGCAAGCAGCUGCUGCAAACCUUGAAGCCUCACAGGGAGUUCCUGAAGAAGCGGGAUGAUAAGGAUCCAUCCUGGCCUGAGUUGGUUGCCGCGGCGAACACCGUGCUCGGCCAUCAGGAGAAGUUGUCGGCAACAGGUAUCUUUGCGCCAACUGGCAACAAGUACACCACGGAUGUGGAAGGCAAUACAUUGGGCAAGCAUCAUGGAGACUAUUUCACGUAUGGAGCAGGAGUUUCGGAAGUGGAGCUGGACGUGCUGACUGGUGAAGUCAGGACCCUGCGCUCAGACAUCCUUUAUGAUGUUGGACAGUCCAUCAACCCCGGCAUUGAUAUUGGCCAACUGGAAGGUGCUUUCGUCUGGGGUAUUGGCUACUACAUGUACGAAGAGCCGCUCCGAGACACCCGUGGGGUGGAGCGUUCCCAAGGUGUUUGGGCCUACAAGCCCCCGAUGGCCGCGGAAGUUCCCGUCGAGUUCCGCGUUGAGCUGCUGCGCGACAAUCCCUUCCCAAAGGGAGUAUUGGGCUCCAAAGCGAUUGGAGAGCCACCGUUCAUGCUGGCAUACAGUGUUCUCGGAGCAGCCAAGAAGGCCAUCGCCUCGGCCCGCAAAGAUGCCGGCCUGAGCGAGCAUUUCAAGCUUCCCAUGCCAUGCACUCUGGACGCCAUCCACCAGGCAGGGGUUUGGGGUUGA